AUGGACACAGAUUUGGCUCAUUAUAUUGCCAAAACUUAUCCAAUGUUAAUCGGUGAAAAAGAUGGAAAUGGGAUGACAGGUCUUCAACUUCUUGCCUGCAAGCCGUCAGCAUUCAAUCAUGGAUUUGAAGAUAAUUUCUUCAAGCGGUUCAUACGCAAGUUCAUUGAUUUGAAUCAUAAAGAACAAACCAGCAGAGUGCCUUUCCUGAAAGAACUUCAGAAACAAAUUCUCAAGAGUAAAUCAGCAAAGACACUUGCCACCCUUUUCAUUGAAAGUGAUGCCUCAUGGGAAGCAACAGCACCCAUGUCAAAUCAGAACAGAAUUAAACUCAUCCAAGGGAUAAUGUCUUCAAGAAUAAGUAUUGUUAUUUUUAAUAAUCCUACUCGUGACUCCCCAUUGUUUUUAGCUACAAAAUCAGGUUGUACAGAGAUUGUAAGGGAAAUACUGCAAGUGUAUCCUCAGGCGGUCGAGCAGAUUGAUGAGAAUGGGCGUGACAUUUUGCAUGUGGCAAUUCAAUAUCGAAGAAUGGAAAUCUAUAAAGCUGUGAUCAAUAUGAAGUAUCCUUUGAUGAGGCUAAGAGGAGAGAUCGACAAUCUAGGCAACUCAAUACUGCACAUGGUGGGCCAAAAAGUUGAAGAUCAGAAAGCUGAGGUGGAUAUCCGAAGCCCUGCUCUCAUACUACGAGAUGAUUUGCUUCUAUUCGAGUUUAUCUCAUUGAUAUCAAGUGUGAAAAAUAUAUGUACCACUGAAGCAAUUUCUCAGGUAAACGACGAUGGUGUGACAGCUGAACAACUAUUCAUCAAGAACAAUGCACAACUUCACAUCGAUGCCAAAGAAUGGAUGAAGAGCACUGCUGGGAAUUGCUCCGGGUUUGCUGUGCUCGUUGCCACUGUUGCCUUUGCUUCAUCUUUCACUCCACCUGGAGGUUCAGAGCCAGAUACAGGACGUCCAAUUAUGGAGGGCAACUAUUUUUUUAUAGUCUUUUCUCUAGCUAAUGGACUUUCCCUCACAUUUUCUUUGACAUCAGUUAUCGUAUUUCUUUCCAUCCUUACAUCUUCCUUCCGCUUAAAGGAGUUCCAGAACUCUCUUCAUAAUAAAUUACUCUUAGGCCUCACACUGUUGAUACUCUCUGUGUCAAUGAUGAUGAUAUCAUUCGCAGCCACGAUUCUCCUAGGCAGUGGUAAGUGGCAAGAUUGGACAAACAUUAUCUUGUAUAUAGUUACGUUUUUCCCAGUCAUUGUGUUUGUGCUCUCAUACGUAAGUCUCUACAAGUUGCUCAUUAAAGUGUUUGAGGAAAGUCUAAAGAAGGUUAUAGAUUCAAUAUUGCCUGGCCGUGAUGUGGAAUUGCACCAGCCUUCUCAAGCUCCAACUACUAUUUUCACCAAAGCAACCACGAGUUCUUUUGUUUGAUCUUUUGGAUGUUCUUCUUUAAGUAACUCUUAUAUAUAUGAC